AGCUCAGGCGCGCGCUCUACCUAAUCAAGACCCCACCCCUCUUUCCCUUUAGUGACAAUUGACAACGACCUCGUGCAAUGGCCCUUCCGGCUCCACUAGGACACUCUGCCCGUUGGUAGUGAAUGAACCAAUUAGACAGGGAAAAAAAGAAGCAACGCCCCAGGUUUCACUCUUGCUUGACAGACGCAAUUGAGGCCAUCCUCGAGUCCCUCCGCCCCCUAGUCCAGUCCGGCUGGCGAUGGACAGACCUUCUACCCAAUAGCACGUCCCUUUUUUUGCCGUUGGGUACCGCCCCCUUGAGAGCUAAGCCAAUAAACGCACCGGGUCUCGGCGGGGUGGAGGGGUUGCACUGCGGUAAUAUGGCUCUUCCUUAGCCAGCUGCGGCGGCAGUGGCUGCGGCCAGUGUUGGGACGGAGCAGUCCUGCCUCUUGGGUGGCGGGUGUCUAGGCUGCAGGGGCUCGGCGGGUGGAGGGUAGGAGGUGGCGGCCGAUGCCGGUGGAGCGCCCGCCCCGCCGUUUGGCGGACCCUGGAUCAAGAUGAGCGCCUCCGCGUCGGUCGGGGGCCCGGUGUCCCCGCCACCACCGGGCCCAGCCGCGGCGCUGCCUCCCGGUUCUGCCGCGCGGGCCCUGCAUGUGGAGCUGCCGUCUCAGCAGCGGCGUCUUCGACAUCUUCGGAACAUUGCUGCCCGGAACAUUGUUAAUAGAAAUGGCCAUCAGCUCCUUGAUACCUACUUUACGCUUCACUUGUGUAGUACUGAAAAGAUUUAUAAAGAAUUUUAUAGAAGUGAAGUGAUUAAGAAUUCCUUGAAUCCAACCUGGCGGAGUCUCGAUUUUGGAAUUAUGCCAGACCAUCUUGAUACAUCUGUAUCUUGUUUCCUGGUGAAGAUAUGGGGUGGAAAGGAGAACGUCUACCAGCUGUUGAUUGAAUGGAAAGUCUGUUUGGAUGGGCUGAAAUACUUGGGUCAGCAGAUUCAUGCCCGAAACCAAAAUGAAAUAAUUUUUGGGCUGAAUGACGGCUACUAUGGUGCUCCAUUUGAACAUAAGGGUUAUUCAGUUACUCAGAAGAAUAUUCUUCUGCAGGUGGAUCAGAACUGUGUUCGCAAUUCUUAUGAUGUCUUCUCUUUGCUACGGCUUCAUAGAGCCCAGUGUGCAAUUAAACAGACUCAGGUAACUGUUCAGAAAAUUGGAAAGGAAAUUGAAGAAAAACUAAGACUCACAUCUACAAGCAAUGAGCUGAAAAAAAAAAGUGAAUGCCUCCAGUUAAAAAUUUUGGUGCUUCAAAAUGAACUGGAACGGCAGAAGAAAGCUUUGGGACGGGAGGUGGCAUUACUGCAUAAGCAGCAAAUUGCAUUACAGGACAAAGGAAGUGCAUUUUCAGCUGAGCACCUCAAACUUCAACUCCAGAAGGAAUCCCUAAAUGAGUUGAGGAAGGAGUGCACCGCAAAGAGAGAACUCUUUUUGAAGACUAAUGCUCAGUUGACAAUUCGUUGCAGACAAUUACUCUCUGAGCUUUCCUACAUUUACCCUAUUGAUUUGAAUGAGCAUAAGGAUUACUUUGUAUGCAGUGUCAAGUUGCCUAAUUCUGAGGACUUCCAAGCAAAAGAUGAUGGAAGCAUUGCUGUUGCCCUUGGUUACACUGCACAUUUGGUCUCCAUGAUUUCCUUUUUCCUGCAAGUGCCCCUCAGAUAUCCUAUAAUUCAUAAAGGGUCUAGAUCAACAAUCAAAGACAAUAUCAAUGACAAGCUGACGGAAAAGGAGAGAGAGUUUCCACUGUAUCCAAAAGGAGGGGAGAAGUUGCAAUUUGAUUAUGGUGUCUAUCUUCUGAACAAAAAUAUAGCACAGCUAAGAUAUCAGCAUGGACUAGGGACUCCAGACUUGCGGCAAACCCUUCCCAACCUGAAAAACUUCAUGGAACAUGGACUCAUGGUCAGGUGCGACAGACACCACACCUCCAGUGCAAUCCCUGUUCCUAAGAGACAAAACUCCACAUUUGCGGGUGUGGAUGUAGGCUUCUCUGGGGGGAUCCCUUCACCAGACAAAGGACAUCGAAAACGGGCCAGCUCUGAGAAUGAGAGACUCCAGUACAAAACCCCUCCUCCCAGUUACAACUCAGCAUUAGCCCAGCCUGUGGCCACCGUCCCCUCCGUGGGAGAGACUGAGAGAAAGACAACGUCUCUGUCCUCCUCCUUGGAUACCUCCUUGGACUUCUCCAAAGAAAACCAGAAAAAAGGAGUGGAUCUAGUUGACAGCUUAAUCGGAGGCCGUGUGAAUGUGCACCCUAGCCAAGAACAAGGAGAAGCCCUCUCUGGGCAUCCAGCCGCAGUCAAUGGCACUCUCCUACCCAGAGAGCAGGCUGGGCCCGCCAGCAUCCAGCUUCCAGGUGAGUUCCACCCAGUCUCAGAAGCUGAGCUCUGCUGUACUGUGGAGCAAGCAGAAGAAAUCAUUGGGCUGGAAGCCACAGGUUUCACCUCAGGAGAUCAGCUGGAAGCAUUUAACUGCAUCCCAGUGGACAGUGCCGUGGCGGUAGAGUGUGAUGAACAAGUUCUGGGAGAAUUUGAAGAGUUCUCUCGGAGGAUCUAUGCACUGAACGAAAAUGUAUCCAGCUUCCGCCGGCCACGCAGGAGUUCCGAUAAGUGAAGUGAGCAGGUAGGCGGCAGGACCAGGGCAGAGGCUCGCCUCAAAUGAAGUUAAAGCUGCACUUAACUCUUUGUAAUAAUUAUGACACAAAAUGAAUAUUAAUGGAGGAUAUUCCUCAGAAAAACAGAUUUUGGAAAUGAAGGAGGGACUCAGGAUCAUUGUGUAUCAGUGGGCCAAAGUUAGAUUUUGCUUUUGAGAUUUGCUUUUUGGGCCUGAUGAUUAUUUUAAGGCAAAAGUCACCCUCUAGUUGAAAGAGCUUACAGCUCGAGUUACCUUUUAGCUAUUUGUCUGCUUUUCAUUUGCCCUUCUAUGUUAUCUUCAGAGGGAAGAUGAUAAUAUAUAAAUAAUAUAAUGAACUCACCCUUAGUUUCUCAUAAGUAUUUGCCCUCACCGUAGUUUAUAAAACUUUGGGAAAAUGGCAUAUUCAGAAAUAGGUUUCCACCAUUUACUGAAAGGUCUGUGGCCAUCCGUGAGGUAGAUGAAGAAGCUGCAUAGUGGUCUCCUUACACCCAGGCCCAUCUGUUCCCCCCCCACCCCCGGGUACCACCGUCCACCCUUAGACCCCACUGUUACCCCAUCUUCUCAGUGGAUGGGCCAUGCAUCCUGGAAACAGGACAUCAGAUUCACUGGUACUGUAACCCAGUGGCCAUGAUGCUCCGUCUCUUUUAACCAGCCGUGGCCUUCCCCUCCUCUGCCAUACCCUUAGUUACCCUCAGAUUAGAUGAAAAACUUGCUUCGGAUGGAUCCCAAGGGACCCUCAAAAACCUCGAGGUUACUGCAGUCAAAUGCCACCUCAUCCACUGUAGGGGCCAAAGCUUUUAUGUGUGCAGAUGCUGUGGUCAAGAACUAGGCAUGCUUUCUGGCAGCGCACUCACCAACAAAAAUCCUUUAUGUAAAUCCCAUGUUAAUAUAUUAAAUUUCAGUCCGAAGGUCGGCAUUUACAUGGUAAAAUGUAUGUAAAGAGUCAGGCUGCCUGGUAGGCAAACUGCAAGGCAGUUGGGAUAGAUGGAUUAAGAGGCUAGACAAGACAUAGAUUACUAUCGGUAUAUGUGCAAUUUCAUAAAUAUUAAAUUAUGUUUUGAAGUCCAGUGGUCAUUCCUGCAUUCAGAUUUCAUUUGCUGUUGCUUUAUACGUUAUUUACCCAAGGACAUUGCCUCAGGGUUGCAAACUCUUUAAAGGAAAAUUUAUCCAUAUAUCCAUGUAUUAUAUAGAAAAAUAAAAAUUGAAUUUACUUCACCCAACCUGAUUUUUUUUUCCCAGCUUUGAAAUUCCUCCUGAACCUACGUCUCCAUAUGUCACAUCAUGACAGGACUAGCCUGAACAAAAGCCAUGUCUGUAUCUAGGUGGAGGCUGUUGACUUCGUUUCAGUUUACAUAUUGUAUACAGCAACACAAACGCUUCCCAGGCAUCCACUCCAGCAGCCGCGUUUGUCCUGCACAGCAGCUUCGUCACAGGCCGCAUAGUCACUUUCACAUUGUGCCCAGGCGUUCCUGGGCUUAAGUUUAAUGUAUAGCUACAUUGUUGUUUUCCAUGUAGAGAGCUCACAGGAUUACUACACAGUAGAUAAAGCGGAGAGCUUUACCUGGAUCUGAAGAAGCCCAUCGUAUUCCACAUGAAAGGUGGAGUAAGAUGGAAGCUUCUUCACCUGGAGCAGGAGCUUCUCUGCUGUGGCCUGUCUGCCGCUCAUUUUAGAGUCCGUGAGCAUGGAGAUAAACAGCAUCGUGGAUAUGCCCGUGCUGCGGGGCCCUCCAGGAAAGGAACAUUUACCAAAAAAAAAAAAAAAAAAAAGGUUUUGAAGGGCAGUGUUAGGAUUGCAGAAUGAAAGGUGAAUCCCGUGGGACUUAUGAUUUCCCCAGAUAUGGGGUGGACUUUAAAUGUCAUGCCAAACCCAAAGUAGGUACAUCCAGUUGCAGGGCGUCCCGCCUGGCUCUGGCACCACCAAGGAGUAGGACUCCUCAUGAUGACAGUGUCCAUCUCAGGUCCACACAACCAUGAGAGCCUGGAGCACUGGGCCCUACCCAUCAGUCCCCCCACCGCUGUGUAGACCCCCGAUUGAUUCUGGGCUUCAUGGCUUUUCACUGCACCGCAGGGAGCCCUGCACUUGAAUGUCAUCAGGCUGCUCAGAGCUGAUUGCCAGGUGCCUACACAUUUCUCUCGACCCACACAGCCUGGUGGUGAUGCCUCCAAACACCGAUUAGGUUUGGGUUUGUUUAGUUUGUGUUUGGGGUUUCCAUUUGAACUUGUUUGAUGUCUGCAGUUUCUGCCAUGACCUGGGUAGAAACUAUGGGAUUACCCAUCUCCUGGAAUAACUGUUUGAUGUUUUCCAAAGCUGUAGAGUUAGUUUAGUCUCUCUUUAAAGUGGC